GACGAUGUACAUAGAUUAUAAUUCCGGAGACAUUUACACGCCUACGUGAUUGCUAAGUUUCGGGAGCAUAUUGUAGUUAAAGCCAUUAAAUUCUAGUUUUAAAAAAAAGUGCAUGUUAUGUUAAGUGAUAGAACUUAUAAAACUCUUACAAACUGGACUACAAAACGAGGAGAAUAAUAACAAAUUAAAAAGCUAUUCGCGUUUAUACAAAUACAUAUGCAAUAACUGCGACACAUCAAAGGCCAUUUGCCACAAAAAAUAUGGCGAAGGCGAAUUAGUGCAAUCGUGCAAAACUUUAAAAUACACGCAUAUAUACAUAGUUGCAGUAAGGUAUUUUGCAGAGAGUGCAGAAGCCGCAAAUCAAGGACCCCCAAUAGAAAGCAAUAGAGGAGGACAUUGCUGAAAGUCAACGAAACGACGCCACAGAGUGAAAGACCGCUAGGAGUGGGAGUGGGAGAGGGAGACGAAGAGCGUGAGCGAGAGCGAAAGCGUCGCGUCAAAAAUUGAGCGCAUGCUGUGUAGGGGGCGGCGCAGAAGACGACUCAAGUGAAGUGCAAGCAGCAACAACAGAAUAACAAUAAUAUUAAUAACAACAAUAACAAAAACAGUAAUUAUAAGAAGAAAGAAAGAAAGAAAAAAAAAAAGAAAAAGAAAAUAAAUAACACCAAUACUUGCAUCAAGCAGCCAACAAAUAAAUAUAUGUAAAGCGAACGUGUGCGUGGGUAUCCGAUGCCAAUAACGAACAUGUUGAUAAAUUUGCCUUACCCUGCUGAUGCCACUGUUUCAAUAACAGUAUAAUAUCAACUACCUCCAACAAAAUUAAUAAAAAUAAGACCUCAAUAAAGGGAUAAACGAGCGAGCGAGACAAAAAACCGAAGAACAGCAGCCUUGCUAGCUUUAUACAAUAAAAAACGCGAGUUACAGCUAGACACGAGCGCCACCUACCGUCGACCGCACGCACAAUACGACAGAGAGAAUGAGAGUCUGAGCAAAGGGACCCAAAACGUCACAGCCGCAACAAAAGCAAAAAUAUAACUAAAAGAAGUAAAUACAAAACAACAAACAACAAAUUACGAACAACAUCAAAAGAAAAUUAUAUUAAAAACAAAGUGCAUCCAGACAUUCAGCUCAGACGCUUGCAUUGUAUAAGUGCAUGUGUAUCUCCGCGUGCGUGUGUCCGUGUGUGUUCGUUACCGUGCUAGCGCGUAUGUGGAAGUAGUGGUAGUUUGUGGUGCUGUUAUCUGCUCCCUUUCUAUACAUCCACUCACACACACACACACACACACAUACACACACAUAAACGCACAGACACACACGGCAACUCGGGCUCCGGUGGGAGGCGAAUCCGUGACUGACUGGCUGUCACGUUGUCUUGCCCGCCAAUAUGGCGUGCCUUAACACACUGAAGCAAGAAAUCAAAACACUGGAGAAAAUCUUUCCGAAGAACCACGACCGCUUUCAGAUACUCAAUUCCAGCGUAGAUGAGCUCCUCUGCAGGUUCAUCGAUAAGAAUGGCAAGCGCUACGACAUACAUGCAAACAUAACGGAAACGUAUCCAUCAUCGCCGCCAGUUUGGUUUGCUGAGAGCGAAGAGACGAGCGUCACGAACGCCGUGCAAAUCCUUAGCAACACAAAUGGUCGCGAUAAUCAUGUGAUUAAUCAGGUUGGCAUAUUGCUGCGUGAGCUGUGCCGUUUACACAAUGUUCCACUGCCACCCGAUAUUGAUAAUUUAACGCUGCCGCUGCAAACGCCGCCGCCCUCUGCCUCGCCAUUACGCUUGGAGCGUUCAGCUGGUGGUGGGGGUGUUGGUGGCGGCGUUGGCGGUGGAGCGGGCCCACAUGGCAACGAGGAGACUGAUUCGGAUCAGGACGAAAUCGAGGAUCCCAUCGGUGAGAGCGAGCAGGAGAGCGAGGGCGAUGAGGAUCUACCAUUGGAAAUGGAUGAUGUGCGAAACACAAAUAAAAAAGAUGAUAUGGAGGUGGAACAUUUAGCGACUUUAGAAAGACUGCGUCAAAGUCAAAGACAAGACUAUUUAAAAGGUUCAGUUUCUGGUUCAGUACAGGCAACAGAUCGCCUGAUGAAAGAACUACGUGAUAUUUAUCGAUCCGAUGCGUUCAAGAAGAACAUGUACUCCAUUGAGCUCGUCAACGAUUCCAUUUAUGAAUGGAAUAUACGCCUCAAGUCUGUCGAUCCGGAUAGUCCAUUGCACAGCGAUCUGCAGCAGUUGAAAGAGAAGGAGGGCAAAGAUAGCAUAUUGCUCAACAUACUCUUCAAGGAGACGUAUCCGUUCGAGCCGCCCUUUGUUCGUGUCGUGCAUCCAAUCAUCUCAGGUGGCUAUGUGCUCAUUGGUGGCGCUAUUUGCAUGGAGCUGCUGACCAAGCAAGGCUGGAGUUCCGCCUACACAGUCGAAGCCGUGAUCAUGCAAAUUGCCGCGACGCUGGUCAAGGGCAAAGCGCGCAUACAAUUUGGUGCUACAAAGGCGCUCACCCAGGGACAAUACAGCUUAGCAAGGGCUCAACAGAGCUUCAAAUCUUUAGUGCAGAUCCACGAGAAAAAUGGUUGGUUUACGCCGCCGAAGGAGGAUGGCUAAGAUUUAUUGUUGCUUAAGUGUUUGUAUAAGCUUAAGGAACGGACGUUUGCCAAAUGUCGUCGCUCAUCCAUAUACAUAUAUAUAUAUAUAUAUAUAUAUAUAUUUAUAUAUACAUAUUUAUAUAUACAAAAAUAUAUAUAUAUAUAAAUAUAAAUAUUUAUUUAUAUAUAUAUACACAAACUAACAAAAAACAAAACAAAACACCUACCCCGAAAACACCAGACACAUGCGGCUAGAUAAGCCACAUACAGAGCGUAUCAGUAGAAGAAGCGGAGGCCAGCACAGCAGCACAAGCAGCUGCAGUAGUCGGAGCUGCAGCAUCUUUCAAAGCAGCAUCAUCAUCAUCAUUUCAAAUCGAACCCGCCAUUCAAACAUUAUUUAUAUAAUGGACAGCGCGUUGUCCAAAAUAAGUUUUGCAAUUUGUGUAUACUUGAUAAAAAAAGGAAAACAACAAAUAUUUGCAUAUAUACAUAUAUGUAUAUAUAUAUGCUGUGACAUAUGUUGUGCAUACGUCGGUAUAUAUACAUACAUACACACACACACACACAUACAUUGAAGGUAAUUGAUGUAAGGAUGUUACGGUGCAUGUGGAUAUGCAUAUACGCAUAUCGUAUUGAUUGAAUGCAAUUGUUUAUGUUUUCUUUUUUUUUUCUCUUCGUUUUAACAUUUAUUGUAUUAUGUGAAGCGUUUAAUUUGUCAUUCUGUCUGACUUUCAUCGCUUGAUAAUUUAUGUAUAGUAGGAAAAAAGUUAUAGCAGCGAAAUCAUACAAUUCUCAAAAUCUUUGUUACCUGUAAGAGAUUUUUUGUUACAUUUUUUUUUUUUUUAAAGAUCCUCUCGUUCAAAAUUUAUUAAGAUAUACAUUGCUUCGAAUAUAUAUUAAAAAAAAAAACAAAAAACAAGAAGAUUAAAUAAAUAAAUAAUAUAUUUAUAUUUGUAAACGAUAAAAUUGUACAGUUAGCAGCAAUAAUUAACAAUUACCGAUUAUGAUAAUGAUAACAACAACAUCAGCAACAGCAACAGCAGCAACAACAACAACAACAACAAUUGCAACAGCAGCACCAAUAGCCGCGUGUAAAUGUAAAGGCAAUUUAUGCAUAUGUAUAUGUAAUGUAGGUGUACCAAUUUAACGCGGAUUGAAGGUGUGAGCUCUAUGUAUGGAAGUGACCUGGUAUUUGUUCACCACGGGACACUGGAUGGAUGAGUAGUGGAUGGAAGGACCGUGCGGCAGCAGCGGAAAGACGAAGAGACAAGGCAUACACACACACACACACACACACACCUGCAUAUACCUAGUUGUAAUUAGCUAAGUAACGUAAUAUACUAAUAUUUUUUUUAGUUAUUAAUCUUGUAACCUUAUAUAUUUCGCACUAGCUUUAAGAGAUUGCGAUUGCGGAUGUAGUUAUAGUGCAUAAACAUAUAUAUCUAUAUAUGUAUAUGUAUAUGUAUAUGCUUAUAUAUAAAUAAAUAUACAUAUGUGUAGCAUAUACAACUAGAGGAGUUAAACGUUAAGCGAUAAUAACAACAGAGAAAUAAACGAAAAAUCGUAAGCAAAACAAAUACAGCAACAACAAAACACCACGAGCGUAAGCAAAUUCUAACUGUAAAUUCGUCUUUCCAAAUAACCGUAAACAAAAAGCAACAAAUACAAAUACAAAA